AGCACUGAAAGAGAGAGAGCGACAGGCGUUUCUCUAGAUGUGGAAGUCAUAUGUUAAAUUUUUUGUUGACUUCAUAAUGAAAAAACGUGGAAUCCAAAACUAUUCUAAACUGUUUUGAAUACAACUGUUAAUUGUAUUCCUGCUUGAAUAGGUACUUUAGUUCGUAAAAGGUCACCACGUAAGUUUAGGAAUUUUGGACAUUAAACUGACAUCGAAGACUGAAGAUUACAUUUUUAAAAGGGCACAAAUAUACCUCUGGUGGCUGUGAAUAAACUGUAUUUUAGAAAUAAUAAUUUAACGAUCUGUACCAUGGCCAUGGAAUGUCCAACCCCAGACUGCUUGGAUGGGCCAGUUUUCGUUCUAACUGUUCUUACAGUAAACACGUCCGACAAUACAUCUUCUAACAGCUCUACAGAAGAAGAUGAAAUAGAAUACUACUAUUUUUACAAGACGGAACAAAUCACCUUUAUGUGGGUUAUUUUUACGAUGAUUGUCGUUGGUAACAGUUCUGUCCUGGUGACAUUGUUGAUGUCGAAAAAUAGAAAGUCCCGGAUGAACUUCUUCAUAAUGCACCUAGCUCUUGCAGACUUGUCCGUGGGUUUGGUCCAGGUUUUGGCAGAUGUUAUCUGGAGGAUGACGGUGGACUUUUAUGGUGGAAGAAUUGUCUGUAAGCUUGUCCGUUAUUUACAGGUAAUGGUAACCUAUUCCUCAACGUAUAUGUUGGUCGCUCUAAGCAUAGAUCGUUAUAACGCAAUUACCCACCCAAUGAAGUUUCGAGGAAGUUGGAAGCGAGCUAGGAUCCUGGUAGUAUCUGCAUGGGGAGUCAGUACACUAGCCUCCAUCCCAGCCAUAUUUCUAAACGAAGACUUGGUAAUCAAAGGUCGAGUACAGUGCUGGAUUGACCUCAGUCCGUGGCAAUGGAAGGCCUACUUGAUGCUUGUAGCGCUGUCUUUAUUCUUCUUCCCAGCCCUGAUUAUUUCUACUUGUUACAGUGUGAUUGUGUACACUAUCUGGAACAAAAGCAAAGCCAUGGGUUAUCCAAAGAUUCAGAAUAAUUCCAUUCUUUCAAAACCAGGAAGCACCGUACGACAAAACGCUUCCAUUGACAGUGAUAUAGACAGUAGAAGAGCGAGUUCAAGAGGAAUAAUCCCAAAAGCAAAAAUAAAAUCUGUGAAGAUGACCCUUGUGAUAGUCUUUGUAUUCAUCCUUUGUUGGAGUCCCUACUUCAUAUAUGACUUGCUUCAAGUCUACGGGUUCAUUCCCAUCAACCAGACUCUAAUCGCUAUCUCAACGUUUAUUCAGGCGUUAGCUCCACUCAAUAGUGCCGCAAACCCUAUUAUCUACUGCUUCUUCUCCAGCCCUCCCUGUAAGAACUUCAAGAAAGUAAAGAAAAACUCCACCUUAAACGUAGGAAGCAGGAAGGCAGAACAUUUGCUGAAGUCUGACACUGCACAUUCAACAAGACAACAACUCAAGACUCACACUUAAAAGACGAAACAGAAACAGGAGAUGAAUGUGACGAAAGUUCGAGAAAAACGAGUUUCUGUAAAUCAGCUUUUAUUUUGAUAUGUUUUACUUUUUCGUUAAAAAUUACUUUAUUACAGUAAAUUUUAUAUUAUUUAUAUUUACUAGAUGGAUUUUAAAAUUAGAGUUAAAUAUGGUUUCUUGGUUUAUAUCAUUUCUUCAUGACAAACUUUAAAAUUUGCAUGAUAAACAGUUUUUGUGGAAUGAUUUUAAACUUUAACUUUACUUGUUUAAACAUGAUUAAUCCUUGUUAUUUUUUGUUAGUUUUGUAACCCUCUUUCUUAACAGAAUACACUAUGUCUGGUACCAUAUAAAAUUUGAAUCACAACAAACAUUAAUUUUAAAAUUAAUCGGUUAGUUUUAACCAGACGUUUGAUAUCUAGCAAAGAUGUGUUGAGGACAUUUUCAAGAUGAUGUCCAAAUAAACAGUGUCAUGAUAUUUAACCAUAAAACUGUUAAAAAAAUCUAAAAGUCUAUUUAUAUUCAGUGUACUAGUUAUGUUGAUGUUCAUACACUUUACAAAAAACGAUACUUGGAUGCUGGAACUAAGUAUAUGUACAUAUAUGUAAAAUGGCAUAGUGUAUAUAAUGAAAGUUUAUUUCAUGGAACAUUUCUUAAACUUUGCUGCUGAAGAGUAUUUUGCUGGAAUAUAUAUAUAUAUAUAUUACUCUUCAUUCUUUAAAGAAAAAAUAAUUUAUGCAAAUAUUUACCAUUAUAUUUGACUUCUGAAUUAUACCUGUGAUGCCAACUUUGUGUAGUUUUAUUAACUAUUAUGAAGGAUAGAUCCUAUAUGGAAAAAUAUUCACCGCAAAAAUAACCUUUUCCUAUUUAGAGCACUCAUAAAGUUUAUAUGUACGUAAGGGCUACAAUUUAUUUUACUCUCUACCAAAAAACAGAACAAUUUUAAUGUAUGCAAUGAUGUAUGUUAUAUUCCGAAGAUAUAAACAUCUAUACCAUGUCCGUAGAGAACAAAUAGAGUUUUAUUCAAAAUGUUGUGAAACCAAAAACAGGACAGUUAAGAUGUGUUUAAAAUUCCCGCAAAAUUAUUUACUUUUAUAACCAGUUUAGUAAAGUUUCAAAACCCGAAGUAUCGUAGCUAGAUUUGUUUUCACUUUGUUUCAAAAUGUGAACACUUUAAGUUACAUAGAAAAUAAUGGUUGUGAAACCAGAUAUGGUUCAAACCUUGUUAGUUAUCUCAAAAUAAGAUAUAUUUAGCCUGCUCUAUCAAAGAAACAUUAAUGAAUAAUAAAUACAUUUUAAGCAUUUAAUGCGUGAAGAUGGGUUUCUUAAGUUAUAGGAAUGAAUUAAUGGCAUUUAAAAAAUCUCAAUAAAUACAAAGGUGUCAAUCAUACAGAGUGAUUAAAUUACACAGUUGUUUAAAACAUUAAAAAAUCAAUAACAACAUAAACUUGUAAAAUACAAUCUUACGCAUUGUAGGGUUAACAUCUUUUGAUAUUAAAAGCUGUCCUAUCUUCAGUUGAAUACAAUCGUUUUUAAAAGUUUUAUCAAAAUAUUUUGGAUGAAUGAUUAAAAGAUACUUUCAAACUUCUGGUACUUGCUUGGUGAAAGCGCUACUAUAUUUUGUACAAUGAACAACGAAUAUCAUCGUAACCAAAAAUUAAAAGUAACUGUAUUUUUCAUUGUUGUGGCAUACAUGUUUAGCGUCUUGUUAUCUAUGUUUGAGGGAAAUAAAAUAUCCAGUAGUUAUGUCUAUGGUUAAUGUGUUGUGUACGAAAACAACUCUGACUACAAAGGUCACACUUUGUUAAUGUUUUUUUUUUCAUAUCAGUGUUUAAUAACUUGUUUAAUAUUUCUUUUUCAUGAAUGUUUUGAUUUCUUAGCUUGAAUAUAAUGUAUACAUAUUUAUUAAUGACAUAUUAUUAAUAAACUAAUUAAGGAUGAACAUAAUUUUAAAAUUUUGAGUUGAAUAUAAUCAGUAAAUGGUUUUAAAUUGUAAUUCUAAAAAAUUAUUAGAGAUCAUAAUUCAGAAUCGAAAACCUGUCAAUUUUCGAAGUUUGUCAAAAUAUAGUAAAAUAUGCGUAAAAUACAUGGAAUAUUUAUAAAUAUGCUCUUUGCAUUUAAAGGAUAAUUUAAUUCAAAUAAAUUAAUAUUGUUCUACCAAAAUAAGCUCACCAAUUAUUAGCAUACUUUCAAACUAUAAUUUGAGUACUUAUAACAGAAAGUAUAAGGAAAACAAUUGAAUUGCCAGUAAAUAAACCAAAUUAAGCCUCCCGCCUAGGAAAUUACCUGAUUAGAUGUUAUACAUAUAUUGACUCAUCCCAAGAUGUCAUGUUCUAAUGGGAGGGGAGGAUAAAUUAGAAGAGAUAUUUUGUCUUCAAUAAUACAUAUCGCUUUCUUCUACUUUAUUAUCAGAAUUACAGCAUUGCUCUAAGAAUGGGUAUUUUAAUGCUAAAAAUCAGCAAAUACCUAAAUACGAGCUUAGGAAAAAUGUAUAACUUGAUGUAUGUAACCUACUUCACUGAUAUGUAAAUUAAAUCGAAUUAAAAAAAAUUAAAGUUUCUUUAUUCUUGUUAUUGUCAACCUUGUUUUCAUGAUAAUUCGGGUUUUAGAAAAAGUAUAUAAAGAUUGUUUUAUUCAAAAUCGACUCUAAAACAAUAGUUUUUAAUAAACGUAAGCAAAUUAUUUACAAAUCUUUAAAUUGCGUAGAUCUGUAAUCAAUGUAUUGAAAUUUACUUCGUUAUAUAAAUUUCAAACUUAUUUUUAAUUUGUCAAAUUUCAUAUACGAAAUCUUUGAAAGCACAAGUAUCUAAUGAUUUAACUAGAACAUCUUAUAUAUAUAUAUAUAUUUAGUACAGGCUUAAAGUGAUUUUAGUAUGGACUAAGGAUAUAUUUGUAAUCUUAAAAUCUCAAAGAUUUCAGGCUAAUAUCGUUACGUGAGCUCUUGUUGUUGUAUACCGUAUAAUAAUAAAACCGAAUUUAUAGAUGAAAUGUCGUUUCGGUUUAUUUAUAAAAAAAAUAACAAAGAUAAGGUAAAUGCUUUAAUAAGAAGCAUAGCUGUGCUGGUAAGAUUGUGAGAUUAAUAAUUUUAUUCUUGGAAGCCACAUCACAAAUAUAUUUGUAGAUGUAAUUUGAUCAAAAGAAGUUAGAGGGAUUAGUCAAGCAAUGAACCGUUACUUAUUAAUUCAUAUAUUGAUAAAAAUAUAAUUGUGUUGGGAAAGACUUUGUCUUUGCUAUAAUAAAGGAUUCCAUUGUUCAUGUAUGUAGGCAUGCAUGCCCACUACGAUAAUGUUGGGUAAAUGGAUAAUUACAAGUCAUAUUUAAUAAUAAUAUAUUAUAAAUGUUCUCUGUAGCUUUAUCAAGUUUUAUUAAUAUGUCAGUAAGAUUAGUUUUCACUCAAUCAAUAUCGUUAUUCUGUAAAAAACUUUGUUUUUGUUUUAUAAAAAUUGUUA